UAUUUCGUAUGGGUCCGCCCCCAAGCUACAGCUGGGCUGUUGCGCUUGCGCGAGGGGUCGCACGCAGUCACGCGCCGCCGACCGCUUCCGGUGCGCCGCGAGGGCAGCCGGGACGGGUCUCCCUGGCGAUCCGUGGUGUGCUGCUGCUCAGCGGCCAAACCAGUGCCUCGGUGACGACUGUGUACCUGUUGUCUUCCUCGAGCUCCCCGGGGCUUGACCCCCGGGGCCCUCGGCAGGCAUCGGUGAGGAGCCUGCGGAGCGAACCUGUGCUCCUGCACUUGUCCUUCACGACCCCAUAUCGCGACUCCGAGGAGGGGAAGCGAGGGGGCUGUCGCGACUCCGCGCCGUGUGUCGCCGGGCGGGGCCGCGGGGCCGGGGCUCCUCCAGCCCCCGGGAUGCGCGCGCGAGCCCUCGCCUCCACUUCCUUGUUGCUGCUGUCACGAUUGGAGCCGCCUCUCGCCGACAGCGGGGAGAGCGAGUGCGCCAGCCAUCCCCCUCGUCGAGCCCCCGGGCCGAGCGCCUCCGGGAAUGUGAGCGGCGCGGCUUGCACGUUCCUCCGGGUAAGUCCCGCCUUCGAGGGUCGCGUCGAGCCGCUGGGCGACCUCGAGUUGGCUGCUGCGGCUCUCUGA